AUGAGCACCACUGAAAGCACAAAAGAACAAGGGUCUCAGAGACAUGGUAUACCCAUUUCUGCAUCGACACCAGUUUUAUCAACACUUGUAGAAAAGGAUGGCUCUCCAUUUGAUAUAUCUGUUUAUAAAGAUAACACUAAAAAGGGCUUAAACUUUAAAAAGAAUACACGAGGGCAACAGAACAACCAACUACUUUUCAAAUUUAUCAAUUCUUCUCACUUUUCAUUGUACACUAAUAUUGAAUAUUUAAUUCAAUACAGCGAUAAUAUUGGUAUACAUUAUUAUUUGUGUCAGAAGUUAUUAACUUUCCCCCAUUACGAGCUGCAAUUUUACAUUCCACAGUUAGUUCAAAUUUUGUUAACUAUAGAAACCGAGUCCAUGGCGUUAGAACAUCUUAUAUUAAAAUUGUCCAAUGAGAACCCACAUUUUGCAUUAUUAACGUUUUGGCAGUUGCAAGCUUUAUUAGGAGAUUUGUCUGCUGAUCCGAAAUCUUUUGGGUUUGAAGUAGCCAGAAGAACUUUAAAUAAAUUGCAACAUUUAUUACUAGAUUUUUCAAAAAAUGAUUAUUCAGACAUUUUGGAACCCAAAAAAUUGCGGGAAAACACUUAUCCAGCAAUGCUUUUAAGCAGUAUGCUUGGUCUGAGUAUUGGACUACCUCAGCUUAGUGAAUAUGCUAAACCGCUAAUUGUAUCCCAAGGUGCUAGAGAAAAGUCAUAUGUUUUCACAGUUGCUAAAAAUGCUUUAAGAAAGUUGAACAAAAACCUGACCAUGAAAAACACCAAGUUGAACAGUGCAAAUACCAAGAGUAACACCACCAAAAUUAUUUUACAGGAUGGUGUUGUCACCAAAGACGAUCUCGAAUUUAAAAAACCUUUAGUUAAAAGCCCAUUGAAAAAUGCUGCUUCUUUUGAGAUGGUGGAUAUUAUUGGUACUAGAUUAUUUGACCAAACAAUUUCAAGUGCUAUUAAAUUACCUAAACGUAGAGAUACAAUGAAAAACACCAAGAAUGAUAAAUUAUUUGUACAUAGGAAAGAAAAUUCCAAUGAUUCUGGUACGAAUGCAAGUAAUACUACGAAAUCCGGGGAUAUUCUUUUGAGCGAGGAUCCCAGAUAUGUCAAUUCCAUGCCAAAUUUAUUGGAGCACAAUAGAUCUUCUACCUCUGUUAGCACUUUUAAUUCCGCAGACGAAUUAAGAUCGACAAAAUCAUCACAAGAUAUUAAGAGCAAACCAAAAUUACAAAAAAUGCCAUCGGAGCCUCCUCUUUUCCAUAAUCGUAGAAUAAGCUCUCAUCAUGGUGCAAACUUCAUUAACAUUGAUCCAAACCAAAUUUCCAUGACUAAAAAAAUCAAGUUGUUAAAAAUGAACUAUUUCCGUUGUGAAACCCAAUUUGUUAUUGCCUUAGAAUCCAUAUCGCAAAGAUUGAGCAAAGUUCCUAAAGAUGCCCGCUUAACAGCUUUGAGAGCAGAGUUGGCAUUGAUGAAUCGUGAUUUACCUGCAGAAGUUGACAUACCAACACUAUUGCCGCCCAAUAAAAAGGGGAAACUACAUAAAUUGGUAAAAAUUGAAUGCAAUGAGGCACAAGUUUUGAAUAGUGCAGAAAAGGUUCCAUUUUUGUUAUUAAUUGAGUAUUUAAGAGAUGAAUUAGAUUUUGAUCCAUCAACGGAAGCGAAUGAAGAGUUAUUGAAUGAAACCCCACAAGAAGGUAGUUUUAUUUUUGAUCUAACCAAUAUAAAAAAUGACAAAAGAACAUAUGAUGAAGAUAGUACGAAUAAUAAAACAGAUAAGGAUACUAAGGACAUGAGUAUUUUUGUUGAUAGAAAAAACUCAUUUUCCCAAAUGGCACCCUCGCCAUCUUCGUCAGUUAGUAGAAGGGAAAUUGAUUUGGGUGAUAUAUCUAUGGUUCACAUUGAAAAACAGAGUCAGUCUGAACAUUUUAAACAUGAGUUAUCAUUGGUAUUGGCUGAGAACGUACCCGUACUUUCGUCAGAUACCAGAACUCCAGAGUUGCAUUUUAUUUCUAACAUUGAUGAUUUGAAUAAAAUUUCUAAUGGUAAUAGUGGUGGGAAUGGCAGCAAUUUGAAUUUAAAUGCUGGUUCUUUAGACGAUCUAGCCACGCAGAUGAGAAUUUCUGCUGUUAUGUUGGCUCAAUUAGAUAAAUCGCCAUACAAGUUACAGGAUUCUGCCAAUCAAAUCAGGAAGAAAAUUAUUGAGUCUAUGCAAGAGGUUCAGGAUAGAUUUGGAUUUAAAGAUUUUGAAAGCAUAACAAAUGGUGCUGGUGAACGUAGAUUAGAAAAUGAUUUGAAAACAGGUGGUUUGUUAAGUAGCAAGCCAGACGUAUCUUAUUUAGGUGAGGAUUGGAAUGCCAAAAAAGAGCGUAUCAGGAAAACAAGUAAAUUUGGACAUAUGGACAAUUGGGACCUAUGCUCUGUCAUUGCGAAAAGUGGAGAUGAUUUAAGACAGGAGGCAUUUGCCUGUCAAUUAAUACAAGCAAUGGCCAACAUAUGGCAAGAUGAAAAUGUUGAUGUCUGGGUCAAGAAAAUGAAGAUUUUGAUCACCAGUCCAACAACUGGUUUGGUUGAAACGAUCACCAACUCGAUGUCCGUACAUUCCAUUAAGAAAUCCCUAACCAAGCUAAUGAUUGAGAGUGGAGAAUUGAAUGAAAAAGCAGGUGAGAUUGCGUCACUAGCUGAGCAUUUCUUACGAGCUUAUGGUGAUCCUAAAGGCUUUAAAUAUAAGAGAGCGCAGGACAAUUUUGCUUCCAGUUUGGCUGCGUACUCUGUUAUAUGUUAUAUUUUACAAAUUAAAGAUAGACAUAAUGGGAACAUUAUGAUCGACAAUGAAGGUCAUAUGGUACAUAUUGAUUUUGGGUUUAUGUUAUCGAAUUCACCGGGGUCAGUUGGGUUUGAAGCCGCGCCAUUUAAAUUAACUUUAGAAUACGUGGAUAUUCUAGGUGGAUUAGAUGCAGAACCUUUUAAGAAAUAUGUCAGGUUAGUCAAAGAAGCAUUUAAAGCGCUAAGAAAGCAUGCCAAUGUAAUUGUUUCAAUGUGUGAGAUUAUGCAAAAAGAGUCACUACAACCAUGCUUUAAUGCAGGUUCUCAAACGAGUAUUCAAUUAGAACAAAGAUUUUAUUUGAGCAUGUCAGAUGAAGAAUGUGAUAAAUUUGUAGGAGAUUAUUUAAUAAGUAAAUCCUUAGGAAGUAUUUACACUAGAUUAUAUGAUCAAUUUCAGUUGAUUACUCAGGGUAUUUAUAGUUGA